ACCCGCUGUCAUAUCAACUGUCAAACGCGAAUCACUAUUUCGCAUCAACAUCAGCGCUUGCAUCGUUAAAAAUAAUGUAAAUACCCACUGGAUUGUGUCCAUUGCGCCAUAUCUGGUGAUUCACGCGUAGUCUUCUCCACCAGUGCGCGUUACCGGCAACAUGUAUUGCCUACAAUGGCUGAUACCUGUGCUCCUGAUACCUAAGCCUGUAAACCCGGCACUAGUCAAUACGCACGUAAUGUUCAUGGUUCUGUACCUAAUAGGAUUUUUCCUAGAGCGGAAACCGUGCACUGUGUGCAGCGUGGUGUUUCUCGCUGCCGUUAUACUUAUAUGCUACAGUGGCAUCGGUAACUGCUUAUUCUGGAGUCAAUGCGACGGUGAAAAAUACGAGACUUAGCCGCUAGUGACAGUGUGAAGUGCUCAAGUGGUGUUCAAAAAGGCGGUAUAGCGUCAAGGCUGUAAACUCCGUUUACACGGCCUCUUGUGAUGGAUUUGAAAAAUGUUUUCUUUUUGUAUAUUUUUGUAAAUAAAUCAUUGGUUUUUCUCUGUUGUGGCAAAUGAAACCAAGGAUUAUCAGGAAUCGAUGUUGAGAUAUUUCAAUAUGUUACGAAGAGCAGGUUUGCAGCUAUUGGAUUUUUUAAUUGUGUAACUAUUUCUUUGGAGGUGGCAUAAUAUAACAAGAAUAAUAUUUAAAAUUUACUAUAGACUACUUUCUUUUCAAUAGAGAAUCUAGUUAAAUUAUAAGUGUUAGUUAUCACAGCAAACUAGUAACACUAAUAAAUUCUAAAGCUUCCAUGUUACUUGCUGUAAACUUAAAUGCAUUGUACUUCCUAUAUUUAACAAUUCCUAUGUUUGCAUGUUCCCGUAGAGACAGGACUGCUCAAAUAUCUCCAUUUUGUGUAGAUUAUGUCUAGUAUUAUAAAAAUAGUAGCAAAAUCGUAUAGUAUUUAUAAUUUCUAUAUAUAUUUUAUCAAUGUGAAUUUUGUAGAAAUAGUUAAAUCAUAUCUACACUAAACCCUAAAGAUUACUGUGAAGUUUGAACUUACUGCUUUUUAAAUCACUCUUGUUAUAUAUUUAUGUUUGAUGGGCUGUUGUGGCAUUUUUUCUUAAAGUAUCAAGAUUUAAUGUUUUUGAGACUGAGUUGUACAUUACUCCUUCCUCUUAAGAGAAGUAUUGCAUCAGGACAGUAACAUAAUAGUUUGUCAUUGCACUACGUUUUGGUUUAUGGGUUCUAAAAAGGGAUAAAGAGCAAUUACUGCCAUCAAAAUCUCAAACCUUACUUCCAUUUAUUCUUCAAAAACGUAUUUAUGAAUGUAUUUUUUUUAUUAGAACUCAUACUUUCAUCAGAAUACAUCAUAUUUUCUAAAACAUGAAUCAGAAGAUAUAUUAGCUAUUGUUGUUGAUUUAACAGUGUGAGACGGGUUUGAAUAAAUAUACCCUAAAUUUUAAACUAUAUGUAGUGUGGUUUAAUGACCUUUAAAUGUGAAUAUGUCUUAUAUAUGCAUGGAGUUUUAAUAUGCAUUGUAUUUUGAGUUUCUAUUGUUGAUCAUUACAUAAUAUCUGUCUAGAAUUAGUUGUAGGUAUUAUUGGUUGUAGCAGACAUUGGUUCAUGCAAGAUAUGAAUUUUGUAUGUCACUUUGUUUAUAAUAUUAACUAAGAUGUGAAUUAAUUGAUGGAAAUUUUUACUUAUGGAUCAAAACUUGUUUGAAAUUGUUAAAAAUUAAAAUGCAUAUCAAAUGUGAAUUUUAAUGAGUGACAUUGGCUUGGAUAUUAUCAUUUUAUGGCAGAGAUUUUAUCAAAACAAAACUGUGUGCUAACAUGUUCUAGAAACUUAAAUUUAUACAUUUUAACCACCUUUAUAUGAUUGAGUCAAAAACUGUGACAUAUGUAAGAUAUUUCAAUUUUCAUAGCCCUCUCUAUUUUAUUACUGAUUUUCAAAUUGAAAUUAUAUAAUAAUAUAAAUGGGAACAUAAGUCUGGUUCCAAAUCCUGUUGGAUGUCCUGCAGACACAUAGGCUUCCUGUAAACUCUUCUGUUCCUCUCUAUCUCUUGCAGCUCUCAACCAUAGCUAUCCUCCAACCUUUUAUAUAUCAUUGUACAACUUGUUUAGUUGUCUAACUCUUUUUCUUUUAGUGUUUCAUUGUGGAGUCCAUUCGGUAAGGUUAAUCCAUUAUGUUGUUGUCUGUUUCAAAUGUGACCUGAACAGCACCUUUUAAGUUGCUGAAUUUUCUGGAUUACAUCAUUGACUUUUGUUGUCUUUCUUGUAAGACAUAUUCACAUAUUAUAUUCAAGGAUGAAUCCUAUAUGUACUUAUGCAUCUCAAUGAGUUGAUUACGAGAAAACAUGUGAUGAUAUUGUAUUGUACAGUUAUUGUUAGUGAUAUUAAAUAUUAAAAUGUGAAAUAAAAUCUUGGGAAUUUGAA